AUGGCGGAUUCAACUCCACCGGAUACACCCACUUUCCUGACCGCCUCGCCGCCCUUUGACAAUCCUGGUGCAGACAUCAUCAUCCGGACGUCCGACCGCGUCGAGUUCCACGUGUACAAGCUCAUCCUCAGAGAGGUCUCCUCCGUCUUUGCAGACAUGGUGUCCUUACCGCCGACGCGCGAGUCGGACGCCGAUGUGGUCGAUGUCACCGAAGACAGCGUCGUCUGGGAGCAUAUCCUCCGUAUGUGCUACCCCUUCGCCCGAUCAGCUGUGAUUGCGCCAGAUCACUUCUGGCCGUUGCUCGAGGCCGCCAAGAAGUACGACAUGAAUGGUGUCCGCGAGGCGGUGGGGCGAGAGAUGUUGACUGCCCCGAUACUAGAGCGAAGGUCUCUACGAGUGUAUUUGCUCGCCUGUGGUCAUGGGCUCCAGGAUGUCGCCAUCGAAGCGGCCAGGGCCAGCCUGCGUCAACCACUUGACGAGGAUACCUUGGUUCCGGAGCUGCGCUGCGUGACCUCGGCCGCGUACUUCAGGUUGCUCCGGUACCGUCGCGACUGUGUCAAGGCAGCCACAGCCUUCGUGGACGACUUCAAGGUUUAUGUGUUCGGGCGUGAUGGUUGGAGAAAGUACACAGAGACAUGGGUGAAACCGCGUGGUGGCACCUCCAACAAUACAGAUCCAAAACAUGACCCACAGUGUUUUGACUCUAAUGAGAACCGCAAGAGCGAUCGUACAACUCGUCGCCGCGUCUUCGAAGACUACAUAAAGCGUUCCGCGGAGGCACUCAAGGUCACCCCUCAUGGCGCUGUCGUGCUCGAUCCACACAUAAUCGCCGCUACUGUACAGCAAGCUUCAAUCUGCGCCGCCUGCAGAACGGACGAGCAGGCGGACCAGAUCGUUCGGUUCAUCAGGUUUCACGCAUCCGACAUCGAUGCCGCCGUAGCCAAGGUGGUACUUAUGAUAGAGGCGUGA